AUGGCGGGCAAGUUUUGCAAAGCCAGGCUGGAUGGAUUAUCGCCCCUAUUUCACCUUUACGAAUCUUCCAUGCUAAUUUUGUGCAUUAUAAGCUUGGUAUUUGCUGUCGUUGCGGCUGUUGGAAACCUACUAGUUAUUCGAGCCUUGUGGAAAGCCUCCUCAAUUCCCGUCAAUUUAAAGAAGUUAUUUUUCAGUCUUGCUUUGUCUGAUCUUGCUGUUGGAAUGUUUGUGCAACCUAUGUUUGGUGUAAUCGUGGCGAUGAUGUUGAUAAAUGCAUCGACAGGAAACUACAACUUUGUUCCAUUCUGUCCCAACAUUUUAACUGUAUGCUACUAUUUCAUGUUUCUUCUCGCUUGUGCGUCGUUUUUGCGUAUUACUGCCAUUGCACUGGAUAGACUUCUUGCUGUUUCUCUUCAUCUUCGGUAUCUAGAACUUAUCACUGAAAAACGUGUUUUAAAAGGUUUGGUGUCCAUAUGGGCAACUAGCGCUGUAAUUGCUUCCAUAUUUAUUUCCCUUCCAGAAAACAAUAACUUGGUACAAGCGAUUGUUGACAUUGCUGGCCUUCUCUUGACAUCGGUGGCAUAUGUCCGCAUCUACAAAAUAGUCAAAUAUCAUCAGAAGCAAAUUCAAUGUAUCCAAAUGCAGCUGCAAAAUACCCAGACAACAGAGCUGCUCCGACAAAAGAAAUCUGCCUUCAACGCUUUCUUCGUCUAUGUUGUUUUCGUAAUUUGCUAUCUUCCUCUUAUUUUUUCUGCAAUACUGAACACAACAAACGUAUCUUCAAUUCCCGUUUUGAUGGCUCAUAAUUUUACAGAGUUUUUAGUUCUCCUAAAUUCUUCUUUAAAUCCUUUUAUCCUCUGCUGGCGAUAUCGAGAAAUUCGGCAGAUUGUGACCAGUGUUGUAAUGAAAAAGUUGCGAAUGAAGAUACAGCCAACAAAGAGGGAGAAUUCAUCAAGAAGAGGAAUCGACGUGACCCCCACAGCAUCCAAGAUCCAGUAACUAGAAAACCAUAAAAGACGAUGAUGUCUAUGUAUGAAAAUCCAUUCGACGUGUUUGACAUAAUUUUCAUCGAGGAUUGUGUUUUAAAUGUUAAUUAUUCUAUAGCUACAGUUCUAUGGAGAAGCGGAAAUUGUUGUGUUAAUCAAUGUGCAUCAUGCCUAAACAAUCAAGUUUGGCUAAACUAUUUCCCAGCCAGACACACAUUCAUUUUAAGGUCCGCAUGUAAACGCAUUAGAAAUAUACUAACAGGUUUAUCAUGACGGCUUGCGGCCAAAUGUGAACGAUAUAACGAUCGUCGUAUUGGAAACAUUUUCGAAAGCUGUCUUCUAAGUGGACAUGUUCGUUUGUGAGUAAUUAUGGUUUAUAUGAGGAGAGAAGUAUAUUUGCGAGCAUUGAGUUAACAUAAACUUAUGACGGACUGACGUGCUGCGGUUGGGCGCCGCUUCUCGCCUUGCAGAGAAAAUAACCGAAUCAACAGAAAGCUUGUAGCCUUCUAGUGAUCCUAAUUUAUGAUCCCUAUAAUACUGAAUAUGUUUUAGACUUGAGCAACCAUUUGCUGAAACUCUUUUUACUAAAUGUUAAACCAGUUUUGAGUAAGAGUAUAUAAAAAUUAAAAUUGCCAUUAAAAAAUCGUAAUCUUAUUACUUUUAAAUUUCCUUGCGUAAACGGCACGGCUUAGGUGAGCCAAGGGUCUGAAAGUGUGAAAAAAUUAAUUAAAGCGUGUCUUAAUCAAAUCCAGUAAAUCAUUCUGAAAGGAAAUCUUAAUAUUACUUUUGAUUCUUUCUUUUGAUCGUACCUACAGCAGAAAACACAAAGACGACGAUAACAUGGUCUACUUACCCGUUUUGUGAUAUAUAUUCAGAUAGAUUUUAACUUAUUUCAGCGGUCCUAUAGUUUUUUUUUUUUUUCAAUGAAAAUGUUUAGUUUCAUUCUAAAUUUGAAUGUGAAUUUAUUUCUCGUUAUUACCUAACAUGGCACUUGCGAUUUUGGCUACCUGCUUUAAAUCAUGGGAGGUCUCUUCUUUAACACGUAUAUUAAAAAAAAAAUGACAAGCCACAGUUUGCGACCUCUGAAUUUCUGUUUAAAAAAAACCUGUUACAAUUUACCACUCCCCCAUUGGGUUUUUGCUGUCCUAAGGUAUAGGAAGCAUUUUUUAAUGGAAAGGAUUAACGAUAGUUAUGAUGCAAACAUCUUGGAAGAUAGCAUUGGCGGGGAACUGUGACGACCAAUACCCACCUUCAUGGAUUUCACUUUUCAGAAAUUCAGAUUUCCAUCAAAAAACAUCCUCGGAUUGACCCAAAGGCAACUGCAACUGGCACUCUAGAUCUCGAGGAGUACGACUCAUCUAUUGCUUUUGUAUCAGUCAGUUGUACUAAUCAAAAUUAGUACAAGCUGUUGCUAAGCAACAUGGGCUACAAAAACAUUUUCCCAAAGAUCUUUCCUUUAGAAGGUGCGGUUUAUAGAAUUUUGGUCUGCAGGGCUUUACAAGAGUUGAAUACCUCUUACAAUAGCUUACGACAACGGAUAAAAUUUUUCUCUUUGAUUUUUUACACUACGCAAGUCACUGAGCCAUGAGGCAAAGCACAUUUUUCUAGAGGUAAUUAGUUCAAUCCACGUUAUAACGAUUGUAUGGAGAAGGUCCUUGGAAAUUACUUUGAAUUACGUGAGAAACCUAUAAACUGCCGUCACUGGAAUGCGUGGACCUACAGGAUCAAAUGCUUUUCCAAGGAGAGAUCAGAGCACGAAAAAAAAAAAAUAGUGACGUAAGGCCGGAAUCAUCAUGCUUGCUCAAAGCUAUAAACUGAUGCAGGGCAUUGCGUUUGAUUUUCCGCUAAAUAUAAAUCAUAGAAAAAAGAGAUUUUAGCGUUUUUUAUAGUAACUGCACAGUCUCGCUGCCCGGGCAAUGUAAGCCUUGUCGGAUGCGCCUGAUAUGCUUGGUAAUAGAGCCUUUUCACAUGACGUAAGUACGGCGGCCGUACUGGUGCUUCAAAACAACAACGGCGGCCAUAUUGGCAUUCCAAACAAAUACUGUGAGAGUUGAACACUUUUCUUAUGUAAAAAACUUCUUUUAUUCCAAUACAUUUUCAUUAAUGAUAGACGACGUGAGUGAAAAUGCUCAAUAGGCCAGUGUUUAGUUACUAGAAUUCAUACUAGGCACCGAGGCUGAGAAGUAAAACAAAAGAAAUGAGGUAUUGAUCUCUUUAAUGUCAAUGCCAUUUCUUUUAUUUUUUUUUCCCUUCAAACCUUGCACCCAAGGAAGAAUUUUAGUAACAUCAGGCAACAUAGUCACUCCACACAAGCACACUGCAACACGGAGUUUUAUAUCCAUUUGCGAUUUAAUUUUUUAUUGCAAAAGACAUCCUUGUUUUAUGAAAAUAUAUAAAUAUACAGUUUGUUCGCAUGUCAAAACUGCCCGAGUUAUUUAAGAAGGAAACUAGAAGCAAUAAAAUAUGUCUCCAAAAACAUAAAGUUCCGUUUUGAUUCCACUCAACGCCGUUUUCGUUUCCCCUGGCACUUUUCCCAUUCCUUACAAUCGCUGUGUAUUUGACUCUUGUUGUUUUUUAAAUAAAGGUUUUAAAACGGUAUAUAAUGUCUCUUGUGGUUUUAUUGCUAGCAAUUAUUAGUGGCAUCUUUUAAUUGAUCCUUGUUAAGUUAUUUAAAAUUGUUUAUAUAAUAAUACGUCAAGGUGCUUCCUUGGGUUUUUCCUGUAGAACGAAUUUGUAUUCAACUUUGGGCUUGCGAACUCGCAUAAUUAGCUGACUAACGGUGCCUGAAACGCUGAGACUUUAAUAGUUUUUCAUUUCCUCGAGAUAGAUAGGAGAAAACGUCGGACAAAAUUGAAAUAGAGAGUUUUCAGUUCUAUUUUGUGUAUGUGUUUUGUUUAUAUAUCUGAGUUUAAGCGCUAAAUAAGAUAUAGGGAGCUGUUUCUCGCGUUGCUAGGUGAUCGCUUCUCUGCAGUUCCUAUUUUUGCUUUUUAAUAGACGUUUAAAACAGGCUCAAGUUACUUAACGGGCAAGCCUAGGCAAGUCUAUUGUUUCUAUUGAAUAAGGGAGACGCUCAUUAGUAAACCUAUACCGAAUAAGUAUGCAGGAAGACAGUUAUUAGUAUAGAGGAAGGCAUUUUUUCCCUAGGUUACAACAAUGGGUGACGUCAUAGACUAUCCCUAAACUAUCCUUACCUAUCAAAAUAAAAGGUCAAAUUUAGUUAAUUUCUUAUAUUAUUUUUACCGGAUAUUUCUGUUUCCAGUAUCACAUGUCAUGUACAUCUUUCGCCGACCUUUCUGGUAAAAGGCUUUCCGCAUACAGUUUCCAUUGUUUUCUUCUUUGUUUUUGCACGAUCAAUAAAUUGCUGCUUCAAUUAACGCUGGGGUUGCCAACACGUAGUCUGUACGGAUGUGAGAAUCUAUUUCUAAUCCAAACUGCUGCCCACGCUUAGUGAGAGGUUUGCGUGUUAGAUUAAGCUUGUGAAAGUCAUAAUUUUGUUGAGUACAUAACCUGAAUUUUGUUAAAAUAUGAAAAGGUUUGGAAAAACAAUAAAACCACAACACUAACAAAAAAGAUACAGCUGAUACUAACUUUAGGGAUGCUACCGUAAAUUCGAAUUAUAAAACUUCUCAUGUGGCUUCUAAUUUCAUGGUAAUUUGCCUAAUGUUGAUUAGAAGGGUUUGUAUAAAAAAAAAUAUUCGUUUAAGGUCGUUAUAACCUGAAACUCCCCUUUAUACUUCAUGACAAUAAUCUCAGUACAAAUGUCUUUGAAAAUACAUUUUCGCUGUGGAAAUAUUAAUCCAACUCUUUGUAGCGGAGUUAUAGUGGUUUCAAGUGGGCCAAAAUCCCGUACAAAAAGUUUACUGUAAUUUUAGCCGUGUUUGCCCUCGAGCUAAGAUGGCGCGCGUCAAUACCGUAAAAAGGUCUACUAAGUGUUUAAAGAAAAAAAAAACUCGCUGCAAGUUGUUUCCCGCUGACAGGCAGUUUAAAGAACAGAUUGGUCGAAAUAACUUCCCAUAUGUUUUUCUUAAGCCCAUAUCAUGGCGGGCAAGUUCUGCAAAGCCAGGCUGGAUGGAUUAUCGACCCUAUUUCACCUUCACGAAUCUUCUAUGCUGAUUUUGUGCAUUCUAAGUUUGGUAUUUGCUGUCGUUGCGGCUGUUGGAAACCUACUAGUUAUUCGAGCCUUGUGGAAAGCCUCCUCAAUUCCCGUCAAUUUAAAGAAGUUAUUUUUCAGUCUUGCUUUCUCUGAUCUUGCUGUUGGAAUGUUUGUGCAACCUAUGUUUGGUGUUAUCUUGGCGAUGAUGUUGAGAAAGGCAUCGACAGGAAACUACAACUUUGUUUCAUUCUGUCCCAACAUUUUAACUGUAUGCUACUAUUUCAUGUUUCUUCUCGCUUGUGCGUCGUUUUUGCAUAUUACUGCCAUUGCACUGGAUAGACUUCUUGCUAUUUUGCUCCAUCUUCGGUAUCUAGGACUUAUCACUGAAAAACGUGUUUUAAAAGGUUUGGUGUCCAUAUGGGCAACUAGCGCUGUAAUUGCUUCCAUAUUUAUUGCCCUUCCUGAAGACAAUAACUUGGUACAAGCGGCUGUUGACUUUGCUGGCCUUCUCUUGACAUCGGUGGCAUAUGUCCGUAUCUACAAAAUAGUCAAAUAUCAUCAGAAUCAAAUUCAAUGUAUCCAAAUCCAGCUGCAAAAUACCCAGACAACAGAGCUGCUCCGACAAAAGAAAUCCGCCUUUAACGCUUUGUUCGUCUAUGUUGUUUUCCUAAUUUGCUAUCUUCCUCUCAUUUUUACUGUAGUACUGGACACAUUAACAAGCGUAUCUCCAAUCCCCGUUUUGAUGGCUCAUAAUUUUACAGAGUUUUUAGUUCUCCUAAAUUCUUCUUUAAAUCCUGUUAUCCUCUGCUGGCGAUAUCGAGAAAUUCGGCAGAUUGUGACCAGUAUUGUAAUGAAAAAGUUGCGAAUGAAU